AUGGCUACCACUCUCCAACCUUCCUUUGGCCUACAACAGCCUGAAGACUCUAUGGAGAUUUCAUCCGAGUAUGGCAACAUGGAUGCCGACAUUGAUAUCGAUCUCGACGCUCCCGAUGCCCAAGACACCAACAUGCAAUCCUUUCAAGUAGACGACCACCAAAUGCAGGAAGAUCCAAGAUCCGACCGCGCAGACGACGAUCUCAUGAUUGAUGACUCUCAUCAAGAAGAUACCGACCGUAUGAUGCAAGACGAUGCUCCAUCCCAUGAGCAAGAUGAGGAGUUGUUAGACUUUAGUGAAGACGAAGAAGAUGUUCCUAUGAACCCUGCAGAGCCUAGUCAGCCCGACAUCCACCUUGUCGCCGAAUCCGAAGCGCCUGCAGAGCAACCUAUGACUACUGCUACUGAAGAACCUGUCGAACUUGUUCAGUCCGAAGCUGCAUCCGAGCUAUUGACCGAGGGUGUUCAGCCCAUCAACACUCAAGCCCCACCGUCAGAAGAGGUCGUGGAGCAGCCUCAGAUUGUCUCUCCCGAAGAACAAGAACCUGUGACCGCCCAGAUCGUGAACAACGACCAGUCAGACAGUGUCUCUCAAGAACCUCUUGAGCAAGCCGCCCAAUCAGAGUCUCAGUCUGUGGCCCAAGAAGAGGCGCAGCCCUCAGUUGCUCCAGACUCAGUUGAACAGCCUGAGACACAUGCUCAGGAGUCCGUUGUUGAGUCCACCGAAACUUCUAAUGCCGCCAACGAAGGUUUGGAAGAGGUCGCUCAAGCCGCUCAACAAGAGCCUACACAAGAUCAGCACCCAGAACAAGGUAAUGAUGAUAUUCAGACUGGCGUUGCCCAAGAAGAUGAUGACCAGCCUGCCAAACGCACUUUGACUCGUCAUGAGACCGACCUCUCAAACUAUACCGUUCCUGAUGAUUACUCUCGUGAGAGGCAAGUCAACUCGCCUACUGUGACCGGUCUGCACCCCACCAUAGUUGAGUACCAGGAGAACGAGGUCUAUCUGUUUCCUUCGAGAGACCCUGCUGUGCCUGAGCAGUACCUACUGCAGAACGAGAAUCUCGUGACCACCAGUCUUGGUGAUUUGCUUCAAGCUUGUCGCACUGCUCUUGGUGAUGGCAUCAGUGAAGACGAAGAGCUGGUUUUGGGCGUGGAAGAGUUGGACCUUUACGUGAGCGAAGACUCGACACCCGCCUUCUCAACCAGCUUUUCCGAGCUACUCGAUAUGUACCUGCAGCUGCACAAGCUUGAUGGCAAUGAUAGCCCACCACCCUUCCGUGUGUCCCUUACUACCAAAACUAGGUUCAGCAACCGCUUGGCUUCGAUCACUCAAGCCAUUUCUGAAGGCAAAGGCUUCUCACAGCUAUCCUUCUUACAAUACUACGAAUAUGACGAACCUACCGAGUUGCCCGAUGAGGACUUUGACGAUGACUUUGAUGAGUCGGUCAAGCCUGAUGAAACGCAGCAACUGACUGAAGAGGGUGCUCCUACCGUUGAGAGCGCACAAAACGUCGCCGAGGAAGAGUUCCCCACAGAGAAUACCUCCGCUCCCCAAGCCGAACAGCAAGACGAGCACAAUGGCCCUGCUCAAGAGGGUGAGUAUGAAGGCGAAGCAUCGGCUCAGCAUGGAGUGCAUGACGAUACCGCCGAUCAGUCCGAGUACAACCAUGAUGACACUCAGUACUUUGACGCCCAAGGAGGCGAGUCUGAGCUGUUGGAUGAAAGUCAUGGUGAUGAAGCCGCUGCACCUGCUGAAGCUCAUUCAGCCACUGCUGAUGUGGAGGCUGCCGUUGGUGACGAAACGAGCCACGAGAAUGAGAAUGCCGAUGACACUGUUGAGGACGAACACGCUUCUGAACAUGAUGAGCAAGAAGAGCACUUCGAGCAACAUGCUGAAGAGCCUCAAGAGUAUGAGACACAAGGUGAAGAGCACAUGUUCGGUCAAGGCGAGUUCUUUGAUGAGAACUACGAGUAUCAAGACGGUGAAGUACACGAAGAAGAACAAGGCGCCUUUGCCGCUGAAGAAGCGGUCGACAAUGAUAGCCACAACUACCAGGAUGAGCAAGAAGUUGAAGCUCCAGCUGCCGAGGAACACAAUGACAAUACUGUGACUUUGUCCGGGGACACUCACGCCGAUGAGCUUGAGACCAGCCCUGAAGAUGAGCAAGAUGCGCAUCUGGAGCACGGCAAUGCUGAUCAGUCUGUCAACGAUGGCGUCGCAGAUGCUGAACAUGAUAGCGCCGCAACCGAUGACGCCGCCAGCAAGGAAGUCGCUAAGCGUCAGUCACUCGCAAUCGAGGACGAUGACUAUGAUGAGAUCAACUUCGACGACGAAGACAGCUACGAAGAUGAUGGCGCCGGACUUGCGCCUGUACUUACAAACACGUCAAGCAAGGCAUCACCUGGAGCAAAACGAUCAUUCUCAGAGCUUGACCAAGUAGACGACGAGCAAGACAGCAAGAAGGCUCGUGCCUCAUGA